CUCCGCUAGCUAUUUGAAGGACUUGAAUAUUCUUUGGUUUCCAAAAGUGAACUAGUUAUGGAUAAGAAAGGAAGAUUGAAGGCCUGCAAGAGAUUGGAAGGAAAACCAUACCCAUCAAAGAACCUCAUUACAGAAAGGAACAGGAGGAACAGAAUCAAAGAUAGGCUCUUCACUCUACGGGCUCUGGUUCCCAAGAUCACCAAGAUGGAUAAUGCCUCAAUCCUGGGAGACGCAAUAGAUUACAUAGAGGAAUUACAGGGAACAGUGAAUAGGCUACAUGAUGAGUUGAAGGAAUUGGAAGAGAAGCAGCAAGACAACAAAAGCAGUUUACAUCUACAGAUCCCAAACUCAACUGGGCUUAGGGUUCAAGAUAAUGAUCAUUAUUCUCAUGGCUCUUCAAGUGUAAAGGUCAUGGGAAGGCCAGCCCAAGAUCAGCGAGUUGAAGUGGAAGUGAAGAAAAUAGGGGCAAAGGAGUUCAAUGUUAGGGUGUGCUGCGAGCAGAGAAAAGAUGGGUUUGGUAGGCUAAUGGAGGCCAUGAAUGGGUUAGGUUUUCUGAUAACAGAUCUCAAUGUUGUUUCCCUCAGAGGCAAGGUUUCGAGUGUUCUCAAUGCAGAGGCAAAGUCUGAGGAAAUUCAAGCACACCAAGUGAGAGAAAUGUUGCUCAAGCUAUAAGAUGCAGUCCCAAUAGGUAGGUA